AAGCCCCUCUUUCAUCAUAUCGGGCCAUAUCUCCAUAUUACCCUUUCCACACCACACCCCUCAACCUCUCCAACAUUCUCUCCAAACAACUACCAUAAACCAAACGCCAAAAUGCCCAUCUACCACAUCGUCCUCUUCCGCCUCAAACCCAACGUCACCCCAGCCCAGCUGACAACCUGGUCCCAAACCGCCCAGAACAUGGUCGGCCAGAUCCCAGGCCUCCGAUCCCUCAAAGCCAACACGCCGCUGCCUAUCUGUGUGCCCCGCGCGAAGGGCUUCAAUAUGGGUCUCGUGGCUGUGUUGGAGGAGGCCAAGGAUGUGGAGGUUUAUGCGGGGCAUCCGGCGCAUCAAGAGGUGCAACGUAUGCGCGAGGAGCUGUGCGAGGAGACGCUGGCUUAUGACCUGGAGUUUGAGGAGUAG